AUGAAUGUGAAGAAAUGGCGAAUAUCUAGCCAAGACGAUAAAAGCAUUGUGUUGGAAAAAAAUUACCGGAUAGAAGGCAUUCAUGGCGUGCAGUGCGGUAUCGGUAUCGAGGAAAUUCUAAGGAAAUUCGACCAUUUGUUUUCAUCAGAACUUGGUCGAUAUACGGGGCCGCCAGUGGAACUAAAGGUUGACCAGGAUGUUCCGCCGGUCAGACUGCCUCCUCGUCGAAUUCCUUACGCACUCAUCAAGCCAUAUGAAGAAGAGUUAGACCGUCUCUGUUCUCAAGGAAUAUUAGAGCCUGUAGAGUACUCUGAGUGGGCCACUCCGACGGUCCCCAUAGUCAAGAAGGAUGGUUCCAUUCGCAUAUGUGGAGAUUAUAAAUCGACGCUUAAUAGAGCGGUGCAGCCGCAUUGCCAUCAAAUUCCUGCAAUCAACACGCUCUUGGCAUCGAUAGAAGGAGGCUCAAUUUUCGCAAAAAUAGAUUUGGCACAGGCGUAUCAGCAGUUGGUGGUUGACGAAAAUACAGCACUAAUGCAAACAAUAACUACUCACAAAGGAGCAUUUAAGGUAACGAGACUACAAUUCGGAAUCUCAUCAGCCCCAGGAAUAUUCCAAAGCUGCAUUGAAAGAAUACUACAGAACAUAUCGGGCGUCCUUCCAUAUUUUGACGAUAUUGUAAUAAUGGGCAAAUCAGAAGAAGAACUUGCGAGUAGGUUAAACGAAGUUCUAACCCGUAUGGACCAGGCCGGAUUGCGCCUGCGUAAAGAGAAAUGUCAGUUUGGAGUCUCCUCCAUUGAGUUUCUUGGAUUCAAAGUUGAUGCUCUCGGCAUUAGGCCAUCAGCUGAUAAAGUUAAAGCCAUCCAUGAGGCGCCACCCCCAAAAGAGAAAAAACAGUUACAAGCGUUUCUGGGACUGACCAAUUUUUAUCAUUCAUUCUUGCCCAAGAAGGCCACCAUUGCGGAGCCAUUACAUAGACUGCUCGACAAGAACGUACCGUGGACAUGGCGUCCAGUGCACCAAAAAGCAUUCGCAGAACUUAAGAGCUUGAUAAUACACUACUCUCCAGACCGCCCACUGAUCUUAACAUGCGAUGCGUCGCCAUACGGGUUAGGAGCAGUACUUAGCCACGAAAUGGAAGACGGGACAGAAAAGCCAAUUGCGUUUUACUCACGCACGCUGUCUAAAUCGGAGAGAAACUACGCGCAGAUCGACAGAGAAGCUGUAGCGUUAGUUGCUGGAGUUAAAAAAUUUCAUAACUAUUUAUACGGAAGGAAGUUCACGCUUAUUACAGACCACCGGCCACUGCUAGGAAUCUUUUCAACAGAGAAGCCAAUUCCUCAAAUCAUUUCUAACACAAUGAUGCGUCGAGCAUUUUUUUUGAGAGCGUAUAAAUUCAAUUUGAUUCAUCAGCCGGGAACCAAAAUUAGUAAUGCGGAUUUUCUAAGUCGGUGCCCAACGGCGGAAGUACACCCCGAGCCACAACCAGAAGAAGUUUUAAUGAUUGAAUGGGCAACUAAUCCCACUGUCACCGCAAGCACUUUAGCAACCAACACGUCUAAGGAUUCCAGCCUCAGGAAGGUACUCAACUGGGUGUUAAGGGGAUGGAGUAGUGUCAAAGUUCAGCGUUAUGAUGACCUGUACCCCUUCUUCAUUCGGCGAAAUGAACUUACCAGUAACCAAGGAAUAUUGUUUUGGGGUAAUCGCGCAGUUAUUCCUUUUAUGGACAGGCAGGAAAUUCUCUCUGCGUUACACGCGCACCACCCGGGAAUCGUUAGAAUGAAGGCUUUAGCCCGCAGUUACGUCUGGUGGCCUGGUUUGGAUGCGGAUAUCGAAAAGGCGGUAAGUCAAUGCUUAGCGUGCCAGCAUACGCGCAAUUCCCCGCCAAGAUCGGACGUACAUCACUGGGAGUCUGCCAAGAAACCAUGGUCCCGCCUACACAUUGAUUUCGCCGGACCUUUCCAAGGGAAUACGUUUUUCUUAGUCGUCGAUUCCUUUACGAAGUGGCUUGAAGUAUGCCCCGUGAAAUCGACAUCCGCGUCCGCAGCGAUCACCUUCCUUCGGCAGCUGUUCGCCACCCAUGGUAUUCCAGAUGAAAUCGUGUCGGACAACGGAACUGCGUUCACCUCCGAGGAGUUUAAGUUGUUUACGAAAAACAAUCGGAUCCGUCACAUCCGAUCAGCGCCUUUCCACCCUGCAACCAACGGCCAGGCCGAACGAAUGGUUCAAACCACGAAGAGUUACUUAAAGAAACUAGAUCGUCACACCGACAUCAACAUAGCUUUAGCUCGAUUCUUGUUUGAUCAACAUACUACGCCGCAUUCCGUCACGAAGCAUUCGCCAGCGGAGUUGCUCUUCAAUAGGGAGCUCCAGACAUUCUUUGAUAAAUUAAGUCCAGGCGAAAUAUCAUACGGUAAGGUCUGCGAGGCCCAAACUCAAAAGUCUUUUGUUACAGGCACUCCCGUUUGGGUCCGAAACUAUGCAAGCGGCCCCAAGUGGAUUGAGGGCCAAGUCUCAAAGCGAACGGGACCGAUUUCCUAUUCGGUGUGUCUGGAGGAUGACCGAACAGUCAGGCGCCAUCUGGAUCAGCUGCGGAUGCGCAGCCCAACGCAGCAGCCAACAUCAGAAGAGAUAUCAUCUCCAACUGGUCGUGUCCCUCCAACCCAAACUGAAGCGGAAGCUGGCGAACCGACAACUCCAGUGGGACCACAGCGGUCGCCCGAGCUAAUCGAAACUGGGGGACCGCCGCGCAGGUCAGCCCGUGACCGUCGCCGCCCGCAGUUCUACGAUCCAUCUGGGUGUUAA